AUGUAUACUGUAACCAAAUAUCUAACGCGUUUUCAUUCUGUUAGACGUUUUUAUUCCGAUGAUACAACACGAUUAAAGAAAUCUAUAUUCUUGCCAGUCACAAAAUUUAAAAAUCGGUUGAAUGCAGAUCAAACUAUUCAAAGAGAUAGCCAUAUUUUUAAGACGUGUGGAUUUUCUGAACUAUAUUCUUGGCAAAGGCAACAUGUUAACAGUGAAGAGUAUAUUUUACACGAUGGACCGCCUUAUGCUAAUGGUUCAGCACAUAUGGGCCAUGCCAUAAACAAAAUACUUAAGGAUAUUACUAUACGUUCUAAACUAGUAAAUGGAAAAAAAAUUAGUUAUAUACCUGGAUGGGAUUGUCAUGGUUUACCCAUUGAAUUAAAAGCUGAAAAGAUUCACGGAAACAAAUGGAAGAAUUUUGGUCCAUUAGAAAUACGGAAAAGUGCUAGAAAAUAUGCUUCAAAAGAAAUAGAAAAACAAAAAGCUGUUUUUAAAUCAUGGGGUAUACUUGCUGAUUGGGAAAACAAUUGUUAUUAUACCUAUGAUAAAAAGUAUGUCCAAAAUCAAAUUCAACAGUUCUUUAAACUAUAUAAAAAAGGGUUAAUUUAUAGAGAUCUCAAACCAGUUUACUGGUCACCUUCGUCCAAAAGUGCACUAGCUGAAGCAGAACUGGAAUACAACCCUAAUCACCAAAGUAAAUCAGUCACUGUCAAACUUGAGCUAUGCCCAUCUACUCUUUCAAUAGAUUUAAGUAAUCAUAACAGUGAACCGAUUUAUGCACUUAUUUGGACUACUACACCAUGGACAUUACCAGGAAAUAUUGCUGUUGUGUACUCGCCUAAUUUACUAUACUCUUUUGUAAAAAUUCAAAAUACCCUUGGUGUAUAUUUGUUAGCAACUGAAUUAGUUGACAAUUUAAGUGCCAAAAUAGAAAAACCAAUUGAAAUAAUCACAACAGUUAAAGGCCAUAAUCUCAGUGGUUUGAAAUAUAAAAGUUUAAGAAAUGGUGAAAGUGAUAAACAAUUUUUGGAAGGUGACCAUGUCACCAUAGACAAAGGUACAGGUUUAGUUCAUACAGCACCGGCAUAUGGACAUGAAGAUUUUUUAAUUGCAUUAAAACAUAAAGUACCCAUUGAAUGCCACGUAGAUGAGCAUGGUAUUUUUAUGCCACAAACAUGGUCAGAACUUGUAGGUUUACCCGUUUUGGACAUUGGAAAUGAAACUGUGUGUUCAUUGUUGAGCGAUAAAAUAUUGCAUACAGAAAUUUAUGAACAUAGUUAUCCUUAUGAUUGGCGCACCAAAUUGCCUGUGAUUGUUCGUGCUAGUAAACAAUGGUUUUUGGAUACAGCAGCGAUUAAAAGCCAAUCUAUUGAAUGUUUGAAAGACAUUAAAAUUUAUCCUGAAAUUGGCGGAAGUCGUAAUGCUCUUUUAACACUGAUUGAAAAACGACCAUAUUGGUGUAUAUCCAGACAACGUUCAUGGGGUGUACCCAUACCUGUAUUAUACGACGAAUCAGACAGUACAAUAAUAGAUGAAAAAUUGUUAGACCAAUAUUAUGCACUGUUAGAAGAAACAGGACAAGACUUUUGGUGGAUUCAUGAUGUUCAAAAGCUGGUUUCAAACACACCGCACAGUCCGGAAAAAUUAAAAAAAGGACUUGAUAUUUUAGAUAUCUGGUUCGAUAGUGGAAUUUCGUGGAGCUCUGUAUUAGGCGAUAACAAAAUUGCUGAUUUGUACUUGGAAGGUGUGGAUCAAUGCACUGGUUGGUUUCAGGCAUCUCUUAUGUCAUCAAUUGCCCUUAGAAAUGUUUCACCAUUUAAAUCUUUGUUUGUACACGGUUUUGUUGUGGAUAAAAAUGGUAGAAAAAUGUCUAAAUCUAUUGGGAAUGUAAUUGAUCCUCAAGACAUAGUAAAUGGAAAUUAUGACAAAUCAAUUCAUGGAAUUGACGUACUCAGAUGGUGGGUUGCUAAACAUGGAUCACACCAAACAAAUAUUCCAGUUACGAAAGAAACCAUGACUGAUAGCAAACAAUCAGUGGAUAAACUUCGUCUUAUUAUACGUUUUUUACUUGGCUCGCUUAAUAAUGUCAAAGAAAAUAAUUUUAUGCAUGGUACUAAUCAUCUAAGAUAUUUAGAUAAAUAUAUGAUGUUGGAACUCAUAAAAUUUGAAGAUGAAACAAAUAAACUAUAUAAUACAUUUCAAUAUAAUAAAGUAUGUGCUAAACUAUUACACUUUAUUACAAAUCAAGUUUCUGGAUUAUAUGUACAUCACAUAAAAGAUAGGCUCUAUUGUGAUCCUAUAGAAUCAAAUGAUCGACUUGCAUGUACAGCUACAUUACAAGCCAUAUUAGAAACUCUUCUCAAACAUAUAGCACCGAUUUUACCUCAUUUAGCUGAAGAAGCAUUUUCCUACUAUCCACUGAGAAGAAACACCGCAUUUUUUAAAUCGUCUAUCAUGAAUCUUAAUCAAAUAGUCAUUCCAGAUUCAGAACAAGUAAUAUCAAUUAUGGAAAAUGCUUUAAUGGUUAAAAAUAAAGUAUCAAAUUUAUUACAAGGGAAAAAUUCACUCGAACAAUCUCUAGUGGUUGCAUUACCUGACAAGGCAUUCAAUUUAUUAAAGAUUUUACACCCUGAAAACAAUACUAGAAAAUCUGAUUUAAUUGAAUUACUUCAAGUAAAUUCAAUUGAAUUAAUUCUUAAUGAUACAAUUGAUAUUAAAACAAGUAACACGAAGGGAAUAUUAUGCCAACGAUGCCGUAGAUGGUCAGCAGAAAAAAAAGAUGAUUUAUGUAAACGGUGUGAAGAAACAGUUAAUAUUUUUUAUUCAUAA